AUGCUAAAUGAAGGGCAUGCAACUAAGUCAACAACAAAGAAGUUGCAAGAAUUACCUAAACAAGAUGUCAAAGGAAAGAAAGUGGUUCAAAAGCAGCAGAUAAAUGGUCAAAGAAUAGACUUCAAGCAGAAAAGAGGAGGGAUUAAAAACAAUGAAGGCCAGGAUUUAAAGAACAAUGGUGCUGAAUUGAUACGGAGGGAUUCAGCAGCACCAGCUGCAAAUUUUCAGAAGGGGAAUGACUCAGGGAAAGAUGAUAACAAUUUUGGACAAAUGAUCCAGAAGAUAAGGGGAAAGGAAUUGUACAAGCCCAGUGGUUAUGGAGGAUGGUGGGGAUAA